AUGGAUAUCAUCACCACCACCCUUGCCACUACCACUAUCAUCGUCACCACUGCAUCAACCACCACCACCACCUCCAUAAUCAUCGCCACCGCUGUCACUGCCACAGCCACCACCACCACCACCACUGUCACUCCCAUCGUUGCCACCCCCACCACCACCACCACCAUUGAUGUCACUCCUAGCGCCAUCACAUCACGACCACCACCGCCAGCCACGACCAAGGCCACCCCAGCACAGCACCACCACAACCUCCAUCACCACCACCACCCCCAUCACCUUCACCAGCACCACCACCACCUCCCACCACUACCACCUCCACCACCACCCCUAGCACCACCGCCACCUCCACCACCCCUAGCACCCCCACCAUCACCCCCACUGUCACCACCACCGUCGCCGCCACAGCCAUCGACACCACCACUACCACUCCUUAUCGUCACCACCACCACUUGA